AUGGAUAUGUGUCUUGGCCGUCGCGAAUUGGAAGUUGAGCUGAGCACCCUAGCAAAAAUUCUACUUUGCGACCAGAUUCCUCUCAUCUGUAUUGAAACACCAACUCAGGGCAAAAAGACCCUAUCAAUCAAGCCGCUGCAAGCAAGCAUGCCAUAUGUCGCGAUCUCCCAUGUUUGGUCUGACGGUCUCGGGAACCUGCAACGUAAUUCUCUUCCUGAAUGCCAAUUCAAUCGCUUACGGGAUCUCGCACGAUCUUCCAAUCUUAUCACCCCAGAAAUUGAACUGAUCUGGAUAGAUACUCUCUGUAUUCCUCCAGACUCCGCAGAUUCCGAUAACGCUCAGAGGGCUGCUUUGCAGAGAAUGCGUGAAGUUUACGAAGGUGCAACUGCGGUCUUAGUCCUCGACUAUUGGCUGACCUCAUGCCAUAUAUCAGAUCUUUCCCCAAGUGAGAUCCUAAUGCGGAUCUUUCAUUCAAAUUGGAACCGACGUCUCUGGACAUACCAAGAAGGAGCUAUAGCUAAGAAGCUCAUUUUUCAAUUCCAGGACAGUGCUGUGGAUAUCGAUGAUCUUUUUCAAGAGUUUCUCAAAGACCGCAAUAUCUUUAUCGAUUUGACGCUUAGGAAUACUUUGACCAUCAAGUAUCGGAGUCUUCGUCAUUUCGGGCGAAACGCCACAGGCGUUGCAGAAGAUGAGGCUUUAUGUCUAGCGACCCUUAUGGGUUUAGAUAUGCAGCGAGUUUUAGAGUAUCCUCCAAAAUUGCGAAUGCAAGCCUUCUGGGGAAUGCUUGGCGAUGUCCCAAGUGAUAUCUUGCUGCACAAUGGUGAUAGGAUGAGCGAAAAUGGCUUGAGGUGGGCACCAAAGUCACUUUUAAUCUCACGUUCAUCUUCAAAUUUCAACCACGAAGGUCGCUAUGUGCCUGUCAAAUCAACUAUCGGCGUUCCUUUCGCUCAUAUUACUCCAAAGGGUCUUAAAUUCCAGCAAAGUGGUUUGGUCUUCAACGUAUACAAAACCUAUCUGGGAACAGCGCUUUGGCUGAUCGACGAUAAGCGAGUUCAUCACUCUUUUCAUUCUACCUUUUCCGAUCAGCAGCUACUUCAGCUUAAGUCUUGCUAUAUCACCGACGAGCCUCGAAAAAUUCCCGCCAUCCAGCCGCUAUCAGCUUAUGGCACAACAAAAUUAGCGUUCAUAUCCAUGACGGUUCCAGGUCCUCAACAUGGAGUGCGAAAGCGUGUUGGCAUAUUGGCAGCAAUCUUGUAUGAAAGCGAAGGUGUCCUUUACGGGAAGAAAAUAGCCACAGCCCUGGAUGAGCUGGAUGAGAAUCAAGUUCCUGUCAUUGAGAUGGCGAAGAUGGUUUUAAUGAAGAAUUAA